AUGGAAUUGGUGUCUGGAAAAGUAGUUCCAGGUUGCUCCAACGCAGACAAUCCUUUUCAUGAGUGUACUUCUCUCUGUAUCCAGAGAUUAAACUCCGGAAAUGUCCAAAAGAAGGAGAAGAAACUCUUUGGUUUUGGUAAGAGAACUCCAAGCAGGGACACGCCUCCAGGCAGUCCCGCUACUGGAAGCAGAUCACCUCUGCACAGCUACUUCGCCAAGAAGAAGGUUGAACCAGAGAAUUCACCUUCCUCCAAUGAGCACACCAAUGGGAUCUUCUUCAGCCAUCUUUCCCUGCUAAAUGGACCCCCGUCCCAACUCAAGAAGGAGCCUGCAAACAAUGUGGAAUCGCUCCUCAUGUCGCCUUCUCUGGCUGGAUAUUCAGGGGGAGACUAUUUUCCAAGAAGGACUGAUCAGCGUGGAGGUGAGGAUGAUGACAUGUCACCAAGGCCCUUGGGAGCUCAGCCUAAGACCCCUGAACACCCUCUAAGGACUCCUCAGCAUAUGCCCCGCACACCUCAACACCGCUCUGAUAAUAGACCAUGGCUGCACCAAGAUGACCAUUCUUCACUAGCAACUAGGCCUAGGACUCCUCAACGACGGUCCAACAACUCUGAUACUAGGCCGAGGACUAGGCCCAUGACCCCAGAGCCUCGGCCUACCUACUUUGAACCAUUGUCAACAACUCCAAAACUGCGGUCCAAGACGCCUGAGCCCAGUCCUAGGAUCCCACAAACUCAGCCCAUAUCCCACAGAUCCCUUGACAGUGUUGAUCUUCCAACAGUUGAAACAAGGCCAAGAAUACAUGAAAGCAGGCUGAAUAAUGCGGUCUAUAGAGAAAGGUCACCUGGUCACAGAGAAAAUAACUCACAAACAUCCUUUAAAAUGGGUCAGAUAUCAUCUCAUCAAGCCUACAAAUAUCUUGGGAACAAAGCUGAAUCGGUCUACCUUGACAAGGACGAUGAAUCAGUUGUUCUCUAUCCAGAACUUAUUUUAUCACCUCAAGAGAGGCCACACUCUAAACCCAUUACGCCUAGUCGCCGCGGAUAUGAAACACCCUCAAAACAGGAAGAACAUUUUGAUCAACUGGAUGAGUUAGCAAGCUCAGAUGAUGAUACAUUUUCAUUUGUGGAUGAUCACGACUAUAACUCUUUACGGUUUUAUCCUGAAAUCACACCGAAAUCUGGAAGCAACACGCCCAUUCAUCACAAAUCCGGUAAAUCACGGAGCGAACAAGAUACGCAAAACAAGCAGCCUCCAGAUGAAUCAGAAGACUUCAGUCUCUCAGAAAUCUCCCGCAUGAAAGGAAUAAUAGUUAAGAAGAAUGUAACAAGGGACGAGAAGACGUCCAUUCUAUCUGAGUCUUACGUUUCGGUGGGAGACUACAAGGUCAGAGCGAGCGUGUCGGCCACUCUUGAGCUCAUCCUCGAAAAGCACGGUGACAUUGCAUCCGCUUCGAAGCUACAUUCGCUUGCCACGCGAUCCUACUACCUCGACCUGCUUGCCUCCGUGGUCCUCGAACUCCAGAGCACACCCCUGAAGCAUCUCAAGGAGAGCCGCGUGGCGGAAAUGCUAGCGAUUGUUAAAGAUGUUGAGUCCGUGAAAAUCAAAGCAAGUUGGCUUAAGCCCGUCCUCGAGGAAAUAGUCGAGGCGGUGAAGCAUUACGAUCAGCACAAGAUGAGCAUAACUGAGAAGGAGGUGUGGGAGGGGGAUGUGUUGCUUGCGAGACAAGAAAUGGAGAAACAGUGGAAAGAGCUGAGGGAGAAGGAGAAGAAGUUGAAGGAGUUGAGAGAGAGAAUGACGGAGAUGGCUGGGAAGAUGGGUAAACUCGAUAUGAGAAGAGCCAGGCUCGACAACAGCUUGGCCUUUCUGAGUUCCAAGGUCGACAAAUUUCAGGGAAAAUCUCUUCUUCAAGGCAUCCUGUGA